UUGCUUUAGAGCAGAAAAUCUAGGGACUUGGCAUUCAUGGUUAAAGGCAUGGGCAACGCACCAGUUCGUCUAUGGGUUUCUAGUUCAUAGUUAUCAUACCUUCGUCUGUGCCUGUGUGGACCGAUCUAAUAAGAAUGGCUAAAAGAAGUAGUGUCACAUGCGUAAAGCCAUCGGACCCUCCGUUCUUGAGGAAGCUUAAGGAGCGCGUCGGCUACAAAGAAAGCCCGACGGUCGAUACGAAGAGGGAAGAACACCGACCUGUGGACACUGCAGACCCCGACAUCGAUGACGAAAAGCCUGUCGUCGUCGUUCUCAAGGCGGGUGAUUUGACUGCAGAGGAAGCUGACAUUUACAGUCAAAAACAAGUUUCAGAUAAUGAGCCUGCCGAUGGCAAGAUAAUGUUCAAGAAGCCAACUAAAAGGAAAAACGACACCGUUUCAACAGAUGGGCAAGCCAAGAGGGUUAAGGAGGUUGACAAGAGCCGCCGCCAGCAAGUGAACUCUGUCAGAGACAGCCGUCUUCUGUCUUUUGGUGAUGAUGAUGAUGAUGAGGACUAAUAAUGGCAUGCAGGUGGAUGCACUGUGUGCACUCGGCCAUCAUUAUUGGUUUUCCGAGCAGCAUGGUGAUUGGGCAAGUUCUUCACUAGUAUGACUGGGUGGGCUGUACUUAAGCUGUUUCCAGCUGUUUGCAGCACAUACUUGUUAAAAAUGUGUUGUAAAGGUGUGUGGCACUGCUCUGUAAGGCCUUUGGACAAUUGAUGAGGGGAAGUGUCUACAUUGCAUAGUUUCUGUCGUUUUAAGGCCUUCCGAACUGCCACAUUCUUGUUGCACCCAAUGCCCACAGAUGCGAUGUGUUUACGAGAUUGUGUGUGCAUAUGCACCUUACCUUCCUCAAGCCCGUGUGGCCGUAGAAUGUGACAGCAUGUCACCGCAACCUGCAUUUUUCUUGUAAAUUUCUUUGUGACGUGUAAUGUAGUGUGUGCAUUCCUGUACCAAUUUGCUUAAAUUUUAGGGAAGCCACCAAUACUAGUUGCUUUUCUCUAUUCUCAAAACACAGUGAGACUGCUUCAGCAAUUUUUUUUAAGUUUUCCAAUUUAUCUUUUUUAAGACAUAAUUUACUUCCGCACAACACUGUGUGCAGAACAGGCCUUUAUUGCAUUGUUCACUGAGGGACCUUCCAAAGCUUACACUUUAGCUUUUUAAUCAGCUGAUUAUUAUUCUCUCUAGAGAGAGAGAGAAGUGAGUGCCAUGCACAGGGCUACACGAGUUUACGUACGAAUAUAGUGUGGAACCUGGAGUGCCUCGGGUUUCUUGCAAAUAGAGGAGAAAUGUGUAAUGACAGAUAAGGCUCUGUUGUCAAGUUAUUUAGGAGUUGGACUCAAGUUAGUACAUAGGGUUUGGUGGCUCCUCUAUGAGAAAUCACACUUGGCACACAGUUGCCAUCUUGGUGUGCCAAAACCAUGUCUUCAUGUGUGCAUUUGUCACAUUGCAAAGAUACAAUCAGCAGUCCACUGACAAAGCAUGGAAAGGGAAUUCUUAUUGCAUUAUCUUGGCCCAGGUGUUAUGUUUGUAUUGGGGGCGAGGACUUACGGAGUCACCAUCUGCCGGAAGUGCCUCACUUGCGUAGUAUGAGGAAUAAUGCGGCGCGCUCCCUCAUGGUUUGGCUGUUGGCGCUGAAUAAAAAACACGCGGGAGCGCUCCUGGCCAUUUCUGUAAGUACUCUCCAAAUGAGAGAAGUUUCUUACUGUCAAAAUAAUAACCUUAGGCAAACAAAGUGCAGAAUUGUUUACAGGCGCUAUCUCUUCACCGAAUACGCACAGUGAACGCCCAUUGUGCGCGGUCACCGCGAUGGAGUCCCCCGAACCAGCUUCUUGCGUGAAAGGUAGGCAGUCGCUGAGGACAGUCUAUGUGAAAUAUGUUCUUAUAGUGUGCUGUCUGUAUAACCAAAUGGAGCAUAACAGAAUGAAGCCUCAAUGAAGCGAUUGUACGGUUUCGCAGUGACAGACUGCGCGUCUGCAUGCAUGUCCGCACACAAUGUUUCGCUUUCGCUGCGAGGACGUUUUCGCACCAUGCCGUAAGCUUUAGGCCGCAGCAUAUGAACAUUUGACAGUUACACCAGCAACCAUUGUUGCAUGGACGCUUUCAAGCUGUUGAAAAAUAAUUUCGUUAUAACUAGGGACUUCGACGCUAUACGUCGACUCGUGAUGUGCCAUCGCGACCAUUCAUUUUUUUUCCCUUUCAAAUUCUUAAACGUUUCAAUAUCGUUAUUUCUUAAGUUGCGUUGCGCUGUAUGUUCAUCGGUCUUCUCUCAGCGAGGAAUUUCCCGCUGCUUCUUUUUGUUAAUCCAGUACAUUCAUUGUUUGGUGCUAACACAAACAUGAGCAUACGCCAUGCCUUUUUUGAUUUGCUUCUUACCAUUCCCUUUCCAUUCUGGUGAACUUGCCAGUAUCUAGCACCAACAAGUUCAUAGACCAAAUCUUCACGAUAUUAACUGGGCAGCACGAGUGGGAGAGCUUCUCAGUGCGCGCGUUCUGCUACUCACCGAGCAUCGCAGCCCCAACGCCGUAGCAGAAAUCUUCCUCGCAGAAGUGCUUGCUACACACCCGAGUUGUAGCCGAUGGCUGCUUGCUGGUUCUAAGUUUCAUAAUCCAAGCUACACGCAGCUUCUUGGCCUGCGGUCACAUGUGAAGGCUGACACCGGGCUCCGUUGCGUCCGCCAUUGCGGUACCGAGCAAUAGCCUACCAUGAUGGACGCCUUCAAAGGAAGCCACUACCUAUUAUAGUGCUUUCAAGUGUUGUCAAGCAGACACCUGAAGCGGGAAAACAUCCCCACUAUAGCAGAACCAUAGCACAGCUGGGACUAAACUGUCGUUUUCAGCUCGCUUCGGCGCUUCCGAAGCAGACAACGUGGCCGCUGUGUCCUAGUGAUCCCUCAUACCACGUCACGCCGAUGGUGGCACCAGCUUUUCCAGUGGUGGAGCUCGCCCCCAAUAGAAGACCUAUUUGCUGUAUGCAUUCCAUUCUCAAAAAAUGGGCUACACCCAGUGGCAUGCACAUGUCUUUGAUUUGUAUUUAACCAGAUAAUUUGAUAUGUUUGGGUUAUGCCCACCAAAAUAUAGCAGAAAAAGCACACACCAAUGAUAGCGGCAUGAUCCCCGGGCACAUCGAUUAGCAAAUAUCACUGUGAGCUAGCAUUCGGCCAAUAGGAGUGUAUUCAGCAGAGACAGAAAAGCAGGUCAAGUGCGCUCAGUAACAUAAAUUUUUUUUAUUUGAACCAAGAUGUUGAGGGAGAUGGAAGCUGAAGUCGGACACAUUCAAGCUCUGAAUAAUUGACCUUACCUAUUUUGUUCAGUUAGGCCAUUUUUAUGUGUUUUAACUGUCAUUUUCCGCACUUCUCCUUACGUUUUACCCUCUUUGUACUGAUUUAUGAUAGCCACAGUCAAUAAAAGGCAGAACGAAAUUUGGGAGGUAUUGUGUUGGAACAGUCAAGCGAUAGAAACCUAGAGCUGGCGUGUUGUGCCAAAACGUUUUAUUGCGAAUGUAUAUUAUUUCAGCAAAAAUGGUGAGUGUACAACUGACAAGCAACAUUUGCAGCAGCACGAACAGGUACACUAAGUUGUCAAAUCCAGGAGAAUCGGAAUAGGGCAUGAGCAAGGUACCGCAUAACAGCAACAGUCCAUUGCUACACUGAGCUGCCGACGCUACAAAGGGCACAAACAGCUUGCAUCAAGCCGUUAUGCAGAAUAACACUUGGAAGUUGAUUCAUUUUGACUACAGUAAAAGCUCGAUGAUA